AGCUGUUGUAGCAUGUGUGGGGUGUAGGAGCGGACACAGCACAAAAUCCGCCUGUUUCCUUUGGGAUUGUCUUGGAGCAAUUUUGCGUGAAUCCUAGACGCAUUAAGGUCUCCAACAGUCAACCUUUUUUGAAGCCAUCUGUCCUGACAUCAAGUUCCCAGCCUAGCCAAGUCUACCUGAAAAUCCACCAUGAUGCAGAUCAACAGUGAGUUCUCUGGCCACAAGCACUCCCUCCUCAAUGUAAUGAACCGCUUCCUGGCUGCCGCCAACAACAUGGACGAGACCAUCAUGGUGCCCAGCCUUUUGCGUGACGUCCCCUUGGAGGACCAGGACAGUCAGGCACCGGCACUCAACAACAACAACAUCGACGACUCCUACUCUGGCAAGCAGAGGGACAUGUACGAGCACUACCUGCUGCUCAAGUCCAUCAAGAACGACAUGGAGUGGGGCCUGCUGAAGAGGGAGGUGAACGGGGGGCCCAGCUUCCUCGAGAUGGCCGUCAAGCAGGAGGAGGAUGAGCCGAAGGGGGGCGGCGGGGUGCCCGCUGAGGACACCUCAGACCUGGAGAGCCAGUUCCACUAUCACCUGCGCGGGCUGUUCGGGGUCCUGUCCAAGCUCACCCUGCAAGCAGACCACCUCACCAACCGCUACAAGAGAGAGAUCGGGGGCGGCAACUUCAUGAGAUAGGGGAGGUGUGCGUCCCCCCUCCCCCUUCCCUCCUGUCAAACAUGAACUUGUGCCCGUAUGUUUCCACUGUUCUGCACUGGCAAGGUUUUGCUGUGCGCUGAAGUGGGCUGUUGCGACAGGCCUCUCGCUUCCCUCCUUCAAUACAUGCAAAGGGCCACGAACCGAAUAGAGCAACUAACACGUCAAACGCAUCCGACCAAUCCUGCCCUGGUAGGCCACAGCCCCAGCUCAAACGGCCACGCCCUCCAUAUCAGAGCUGUAAGCCUUCUGUCAGAGGGCUAUGGAAGUAAAAAGCAGAACCAGAGAAAUGUUGCCCAAUGGCCUGACUGAGUUUUGAUUUGUAAUCAAGUUGUUUCUCGGUUUCAUGACUCACAUCGGAUUAACUAUUAAAAGGCACAUGCUGUUGGCACAAGAAGAUGGGGAAAUUUAGUUUCAAAGGAUUGUGAAUUUCACUUGAGACUAGAGGCUCCUCUUUCAGUCAGGCCAUUGCACUUGGCACAAAGCUGUGGUGCCUCACAGGUUCCGCAGUUUACUUUAGACCCACCAAUGAUCUGACAUGCUGACAUGCCAAUUAUAAGAGAUUUUUGGAGAGGUGGGAGGCUAGUCAUUUCAAUACUGUCAUUAUAUGUGUACGUGAUGACGGUGAUGAUUGGCAUGCCUUUGGUUCUUCUGGCAAUGGGGUGUUUGGUUCUCCCCAAGGCAGCUGUGAAACGCUCCAGAGUAAUGCUGUCAAAGACACAAAAAUAAACACGAAGUCAGACUGA